AUUAGGACGCCGUCAGAGGGCUCGGGCGCAGGUAUGCAUCGUAUCCUGAAAUCGCCGUGGAGAGAUUCCUUUGGUGAAUGCCUCGGGCUACGACUCAGAUGUACAGACAGGCCAUUCCUGCCAUUUACUGCCCGGCCUCAUGGGGCUGCAGCUCCAAGUCCCUUUGCUCUCACCUCCCCUUUCCCUCGAAUCCUCCUUCCUUCCUUCCUUCCCUCCUUGCUUGAGGAUCACGUGAACGGCAUGCCGAAUGCAAGUGGGACAUCAGGGACUCGAGGAAGCGGUGGUGGCAAUGGACCCGGGUUGAACGGUCCGAUCGGGAGUGCAGGACCGGUGGAUGCAUCCCAUCAGCCGAUGGUGGGAGUUGCACGACUCCUCGAUGAUCUCAGGAGGUUGGCUGAUGACCGCGAGACUGCAGAUUUGCUCUUCCUGCUCGGUCGGGAAGAAACACAUCUCCAUGGGCAUCGACUUAUCUUCACGACCAGAUGCAAGAGUUUCCAGAAUCUCAAAAGGGGAGAGGUUUGCAAAAUUCCUGGUUGCAGUGUUGGAGUUCCUCAGGGCAACGUCACUCCAAUUAGACUCCCUCAAUUUCAUCCUGACAAUUUCCGGCAAGUUCUCCUCUACAUUUACACGGGGAAGAUUUUGAUGUCCGACAGCACAGUGUUCGAAGUCUUGUCCAUUGCUCAAGAUCUAGGCCUUGAAGAGCUGCGACAAAUGGCAGAAGACCACGUGGCGUCGACGCUUAAUCCUAACAAUGCCUGCACCUUCAUGGCUGCAGCUGUUGCAAUAGAAGAUAGGACGUCAGGGAGCAAGGGCAGCAAGUCAUUCGUGGAAAGAUGCAUUGCCUACAUAGGCGAAAACGCUGCCGAGUGUGUUCACACGAACGCCUUCCUCUCCCUGUCAAAGGACGCCUUGAUCCGCCUCAUCUCCUCGGACAACUUGGCUCUGGAGGAAGAGGAGGUCUGGAGAGCAGUAUUGUCCUGGUCGAAACAUCAAGCCAAAGUGACUCAGCCCACUGCUCAUUGGACUGAAGAAGAGCGAUCUCACGUCUGCCAUCAUCUUGCCGGCGUCAUCAACCAUGUUCGUCUCCUUUUGAUUGAUAGCCAGGUGUUUGCCGAAGAAGUGGAACCGACCGGAGCGGUUCCAAUGGAGCUUUCCCUGGAGAGGUAUCGCGCAGCUGCUUUACCCCAGAAGUUCAACGAAGCUCCUCAACAAGACCGUCGUCUUCAGCCGCGAUCUGCCGCCAAAUUCUUCCCUGGAUCUCAGAUUCUCGCUGGGGAAGAGAAGGGUUUCCAGAGGCUCCUGAAUCAAUGGUAUGGUGAGCCUCGAACGACAUGGAGGCUCCUCUUUCGAGCCUCUUCGCAUGGAUACUCGGCCCACGCUUUCCAUCGCUGCUGUGACGGCGUCGCCCCCACUUACGUCCUCGUCCUUGGCCCAAGAGGUGAAAUAUGCGGAGGUUUCAGCGACGUACCUUGGGGUCAAACGUCGUCGAAAGGUCGAUUCCUUGCAUCUGACAGGGCAUUCUUGUUCACGUUGGAAAACGGUCCAGAAAUUCCUCCCACGAAGUUUGACGUGGUAAAAAGGACGUUUGCCAUUGCUCAUCACCCAGACUUUGGGCCGAUCUUCGGGGCGGGAGCGGAUCUCUCCAUCUCAGACUGUUGCAAUAUGAACUGUGAAAGCUACAGCAACCUGCCUCACUCCUACGACGGAGAGAACGCCUCGUGCACUCUCUUGAUGGGGAACUACAAUUUCAAUGUCCUGGAAUAUGAGAUUUUUACUCCUGUGGCUCUCAAAAACACCCGUAGCUGGGAAUCAUUUGCCAUUGCUCUUGGAAAAUCUUCCCCUUCUGAUCUAUCAAUGAGAAAUCGGUUCUAUUCCUUAUCUAAGAAAAUGGGUUUCAGCUCAUCCAACAUUGGUGUAACUCUGGAUACCGGACAAUCGUGUCCAGUGGGAUGGGAGCAGUUCGCCAACAAUUGCUACUUUUUCGAAGCUGACAACAGUAGAAAAUACCUGUUCGAUGACGCUCGUCUGAGAUGCUUGGAAGUGGAGUCGGAACUGGCGAGUGUCCACAACCAACAAGAGAGCGAUUUCAUCGCAAGGAACGUGAAGGCCGCUUACAAUUUCCUAGGAGGAGUCGUUACGGGGGAUUUGACCUUGGAUCCCUUGGACUUCCAAUGGGUAGACGGCACACCCUCGGACUUCCACGAUUUCAGUAACCAGUUUUUGGAUUUCGGUAGCAAUUUGGUCAUCAUGAUCGAUCGCUGGGAGAAUGAGGACUGCACGGAAAGGAUGGCCUCCCUCUGCGAACUACCCAUUCUCGACGAAAUGGAUUGUUCCUUGGCUUGGGAACUGGUCGGAGGGAGGCAUUGCUAUUAUGUGGAUGAUGAACUUCUUACAUUCACAGCGUCCCGGUUGGCUUGCUCCAAUUUUGAGGCUGAAAGUGAUUUGGCAGUGUUCGAAACCGAGGAAGAGUACUUCGAAUUCCUUAAGUUCGUUCUGGAGCGAUCGUCCAGCGAGAGAAGCCGAUUUUGGAUAGGGUUGCAACGCUUCAACGAAACGUGGCUCUGGUCGGAUGGAUCCACGCCUCAACUGGACCACUGGAACGAUGGGUAUCCGCAGCCGGAUAGAGGAGAAUGUGGCGCCGUCGUCGCCUCCUCUUGGGCCACUACGAAGAUCUGGAGUUACGGUAAUCAAAGCCAGCAGUAUUGUCUCCGUUGGAACAGCUUUAGUGCAACAUUCCUGAGCACUUUUGAAGAGCUUCAGCAGCUGGAAUCACUCUGCGAUGCAACCUUGUUCUGUGAAGGGCACAUCGUUAGGGUUCAUCGUCUAGUCUUGUCAGCAUGCAGCCCACAUUUCAGGAAAAUAUUUGAGCAUACAAGUUCCAUCAACAGUGGUGAUAGUGUAGUCAUUCUGGAUGGUACUCGUUAUGAAGAACUGAAACUCCUUGUCCAAUUCAUGUACAAAGGAGAAGUGCAUCUCACUGAAGAGCAGUUACAACCACUUCUCAAAACUGCUGAACGCUUACAGAUUCGAGGGCUGAUGGAUGUGGCUCAAAAGUCAUCUAUACAAGUCCCUCGAUCAAACUAUGUGGUUCAUGACCCUUUCAAGCGAAAGAAGCCAGUGGCAGUGGCAUCAGCUAGGAAGGCUGAAGACAGAAGUAAUUCCAGUAUAACUGGAAAUGCAGCAGAAGAGCGAUUGAAUGGAGUAACUGACAAGGUGGAUUCUGGUUCUGAGGUGACUGAUGAUUCACCAUCAAAGAAAGAAUCUGAUUUGGAUCGCGAUAAAGAUGAAGAAAAUUCAGAAGAUGGAGAUUUCAAUCACUGUGGAGUGACAUCCUAUGUGAAAGAGGACCAUGGAUAUUUCAAAGAAGAUGGAGUUGAGUCGGAAGUGGAGAUGGAAAUAGAGGGUGAUGGAGAAAUAGAGGAAAAUGAUGCAACCACAGUACAUGAAGCUGUUGAAGCUGGAGUUAGUCAGGUAGUCUCUGCAUUGGCAUUGCCAGGCACAAGUAGUUCAACCCCAGUCAGAUCACCUUACAAGCAUUGCGUCACUGAUAGCAGCACAGGUCAAAAAAUUCCCCGCCCUCCAAAUGCAUUUAUGAUCUUUGCCAAUGAGUGGCGAAAGAACUUGGCUUCAGAAUACCCUUCUGAGAGCAACAAGGAAAUCAGCAUCAGACUGGGGACCAUAUGGAAGAAACUCAGUGCUGAAACAAAGCAGAAGUACUAUGAUUUGGCAAGAGAAGCAGGGGAUAAACACAAGGAGAAGUAUCCCUAUUAUGUUUACAAUCCAAAAGAAGCUCGCAUCCGGAAGCAGCUGCGAUAUCAAGCCAAAUAUGAACCCAAGUUUGUUCCAAUAAUCAGUGUACAGUCAGAGCCCUCUGAUUGUUCAGAUAUGUAUUCUAGCUAAACCCUGGUUGUCCAAAUAUUCUCUGGUGGAAAAGUUUGUCAUGCUUGAUAUGGUUCUUGUGGUUUUUCAUCAUGUUCAGACAUGUGAUAACCGACUUACAAUGCUGAAUAGUCAGACCCGGUAG